UCAGGUUGCUUCCCCUCUGUAGUACAAAAGAGCUGCUUUUGUGCUUUACGGUAAAAUUCUCUGGAAUUAUCUUCAGGGACCACUCAGCCCCAUAAAAGAGGGUACUGCUGAGACAGGAGGAAUUAGGAAGAAGGCUGUGAAGGACCCAGCUUGUAGCACCAUGAAGAACUUCCCCACGGCUUUCCCUCUUUUCCUGGUUUUUAUCCUGAGUGUCCAUCUUGGAGCUGCUGCACGUGGCAGUGAUGUGGCUAAGUUCUGCUGCUUUCGAUACACCCACAAGAUCCCUCCCUGGAGGUGGGUGAGUAACUAUGAAUUCACCAGGAAUAGCUGCUCCCAGCAGGCUGUGAUAUUCACCACCAAAAGAGGCCAGAAACUCUGUGCAACACCGAGGGAAGCAUGGGUGCGAAAAUACGUGUCUUUACUAAGAGCCCGGCAACAACCGUGACCGCCGAAUUCUCAGUCCAAAACGCCUGGAUCCUGCUCUGUUCUUGGCUUUGCCCCCCUUGGUGGAGCCUGAAGAAUUUCUCCAACAGAAGGCUGCAUGGGUCUGGUGGGGAGGACAGGAUAUUUCUCACCAGCCUUUUCUUUUUUUUUAAUAAAGAUUUCAUUUGCUCAAUAAACAUUCUAAUUCAAUAAAAACUGAGUUUUCUUCAAAGAAAAUAAAGCAGUCGAUAUUUGCAGCUGACGGCCUGGCAAGUCUCCAAUCCCUGAACUGACCCUGGUAUUGAAUUCUGCCUCAUGUUUUUGUUUGGGCAAAAAAAGCAGGGACAAUGUUAAUAUAUUUUGGCAAAAUGCCCAUGAAAUGUCUUAACAUUAUUUAGAGAGACAAGUUUAUGUUGUAUG